ACGAAGUGCCAAAAAUAUAAUUCAUAAACUGUAUUCUAGUUUUUGCCAAAGCAAAGUGACGCUCGACCGAUUUCAGAUCAUGUAAAGAAAAAAGAUGUCGACAAUUCAUUUAUGAGCCUGAAAUGAAACCCCGCUGGAGAUCGUAAAUUUGCCACUUCAAAACUUGCGGUUAUUUUUCCUUCCGCAUCCUUGUAAGUAUGUGGCUGAGAUGCAUGCCUUGACUUACGUUCACGUUAAAACCAUGCCACCAAUUGGCCAUCUGGACUUCUCAACAGCGAACGUCUUUGUGCUUGCUAUUGACACCGGUAUAGGAUCGACGAGGCGGUGGCGGAGAGUGUACUAUAAGCGCCAAGGUCCUUGAGCAAAAUGCGCAACAACACUUGAUGAAUGCUCAGGAAAAGUAAAACGAAGAGCCUUUAUAUACAACUAUACGCCCUGCUACAGGUGGGAGAACAGACGAUCACCAGAAUGCAUAUGGGGUAAAAUACGC